AUGAGCAUGUACUGUAUCUCCUCCCAGUGGUACGCGUCCUCGAGCUACCUCAAUCUUCAACGCGAGCAAGCUCCAGCUCGGCAAGCUCCAGCUCGGCCACCGUGCGUCGCGCCCGUUCUCCCCCACUCUCCCCGUUUACGUGUAGGCGCGCCUUCAUGUCGCCGCCGUCAGUGUCCCGCCCAGCAGCGCCACCGCCUCCUUGAGCGCCUCGAUAAAUACGUCCACCUCCUCCCUCGUGUUAUAAACGUACAAGCUCGCCCUCGCCGACGACGCGACGCCCAGUUCGCGAUGCAGCGGCUGCGCGCAGUGGUGCCCGGAGCGCACGGCGACGCCCUCCAAGUCGAGCAUAGUCGCCAAGUCGCUGCUGUGCACGCCGUCGACGUUGAACGCGCACAGGGCUGCGCGCGGGCCGCGCGGCCCGUACACGCGCACCUCCUUCAACGCUGUCAGCCGCUCGUACAGGUACUCGGCAAGCUCCGUCUCGUAUGCGUGCACGCGCUCCAUGCCGAGCCCCUGUAG